AUGAAAAGUAUCGAAAAGAUAUCGAAAAGUAUCGAAAAGAUAUCGAAAACUAUCGAAAAGAUAUCAAAAAGUAUCGAAAAGAUAUCGAAAAGUAUCGAAAAGAUAUCGAAAAAUAUCGAAAAGUACCGAAAAGAUAUCGAAAAGUACCGAAAAGAUAUCGAAAAGUACCGAAAAGAUACCGAAAAGUAUCGAAAAGAUAUCGAAAAGUAUCGAAAAGAUAUCGAAAAGUAUCGAAAAGAUAUCGAAAAGUAUCGAAAAGAUAUCGAAAAGUAUCGAAAAGAUAUCGAAAAGUAUCUAUAUAUAAUGAAAAUAUCGAUAUAUAAUGAAAAGUAUCGAAAAGAUAUCGAUAAGUAUCGAAAAGAUAUCGAUAAGUAUCGAAAAGAUAUCGAUAAGUAUCGAAAAGAUAUCGAUAAGUAUCGAAAAGAUAUAGAUAAGUAUCGAAAAGGUAUCGAUAAGUAUCGAAAAGAUAUCGAAAAGUUUCGAAAAGAUAUCGAAAAGUAUCUAUAUAUAUCGAAAAGUAUCUAUAUAUAUCGAAAAUAUCGAUAUAUCGAUAAGUACCGAUAUAUCGAAAAGUACCGAAAAGAUAUCGAAAAGUACCGAAAAGAUAUCGAAAAGUACCGAAAAGAUAUCGAAAAGUACCGAAAAGAUAUCGAAAAAUACCGAAAAGAUAUCGAAAAGUACCAAAAAGAUUUCGAAAAGUACCGAAAAGAUAUCGAAAAGUACCGAAAAGAUAUCGAAAAGUACCGAAAAGAUAUCGAAAAGUACCGAAAAGAUAUCGAAAAGUACCGAAAAGAUAUCGAAAAGUACCGAAAAGAUAUCGAAAAGUACCGAAAAGAUAUCGAAAAGUAUCGAAAAAAUAUCGAAAAGUAUCGUAAAGAUAUCGAAAAGUAUUGUAAAGAUAUCGAAAAGUAUCUAUCGAUAUAUAAUGAAAAGUAUCGAAAAGAUAUAGAAAAGUAUCGAAAAGAUAUCGAAAAGUAUCGAAAAGAUAUCGAAAAGUAUCAUAAAGAUAUCGAAAAGUAUCGAAGAGAUAUCGAAAAGUAUCAUAUCGAAAAGUUCCGAAAAGAUAUCCAAAAGUACCGAAAAGAUAUCCAAAAGUACCGAAAAGAUAUCGAAAAGUACCGAAAAGAUAUCGAAAAAUACCGAAAAGAUGUCGAAAAGUACCAAAAAGAUUUCGAAAAGUACCGAAAAGAUAUCGAAAAGUACCGAAAAGAUAUCGAAAAGUACCGAAAAGAUAUCGAAAAGUACCGAAAAGAUAUCGAAAAGUACCGAAAAGAUAUCGAAAAGUACCGAAAAGAUAUCGAAAAGUAUCGAAAAGAUAUCGAAAAGUAUCGUAAAGAUAUCGAAAAGUAUUGUAAAGAUAUCGAAAAGUAUCGUAAAGAUAUCGAAAAGUAUCGAAAAUAUAUCGAAAAGUAUCGAUUAUCGAAAAGAUAUAGAAAAGUAUCGAAAAGUAUCGAAAAGAUAUCGAAAAGUAUCAUAAAGAUAUCGAAAAGUAUCGAAGAGAUAUCGAAAAGUAUCGUAAAGAUCGAAGAAAAGAUAUCGAAAAGUAUCGAUAUAUCGAUAAGUACCGAUAUAUCGAAAAGUAUCGAUAUAUCGAUAAGUAUCGAUAUAUCGAUAAGUAUCGAUAUAUCCGAUAUAUCGAUAAAUAUCGAAAAGUUCCGAAAAGAUAUCAAAAAGUACCGAAAAGAUAUCCAAAAGUACCGAAAAGAUAUCGAAAAGUACCGAAAAGAUAUCGAAAAGUACCGAAAAGAUAUCGAAAAGUACCGAAAAGAUAUCGAAAAGUAUCGAAAAGAUAUCAAAAGUAUCGAAAAGAUAUCGAAAAGUAUCGAAAAGAUAUCGAAAAAUAUCGAUAAGUAUCGAAAAGACAUAGAUAAGUAUCGAAAAGAUAUCGAUAAGUAUCGAAAAGAUAUCGAAAAGUAUCGAAAAGACAUCGAAAAGUAUCGAAAAGAUACCGAAAAGAUAUCGAAAAGUAUCGAAAAGAUAUCGAAAAGUAUCUAUAUAUAUCGAAAAUACCGAAAAGAUAUCGAAAAGUACCGGAAAGAUAUCGAAAAGUACCGAAAAGAUAUCGAAAAGUACCGAAAAGAUAUCGAAAAGUACCGAAAAGAUUUCGAAAAGUACCGAAAAGAUUUCGAAAAGUACCGAAAAGAUAUCGAAAAGUACCGAAAAGAUAUCGAAAAGUACCGAAAAGAUAUCGACAAGUACCGAAAAGAUAUCGACAAGUACCGAAAAGAUAUCGACAAGUACCGAAAAGAUAUCGACAAGUACCGAAAAGAUAUCGAAAAGUAUCGAAAAGAUAUCGAAAAGUAUCGAAAAGACAUCGAAAAGUAUCGUAAAGAUAUCGAAAAGUAUCGAAAAGAUAUCGAAAAGUAUCGAUGUAUCGAUAAUAUCGAAAAGAUAUCGAAAAGUAUCGAAAAGAUAUCGAAAAGUAUCGAAAAGAUAUCGAAAAGUAUCGAAAAGAUCGAAAAGUAUCGAAAAGAUAUCGAAAAGUAUCGAUAUAUCGAAAAGUAUCGAUAUAUCGAAAAGUAUCGAUAUAUCGAUAAAAAAGGUAUCGAAAAGUACCGAAAAGAUAUCGAAAAGUACCGGAAAGAUAUCGAAAAGUACCGAAAAGAUAUCGAAAAGUACCGAAAAGAUAUCGAAAAGUACCGAAAAGAUAUCGAAAAGUAUCGAAAAGAUAUCGAAAAGUAUCGAAAAGAUAUCGAAAAGUAUCGAAAUGAUAUCGAAAAGUAUCGAAAAGAUAUCGAAAUGUAUCGAUAUAUCGAACAAUAUCGAAAAGAUAUCGAAAAGUACCGAAAAGAUAUCGAAAAGUACCGAAAAGAUAUCCAAAAGUACCGAAAAGAUAUCGAAAAGUACCGAAAAGAUAUCGAAAAGUACCGAAAAGAUAUCGAAAAGUACCGAAAAGUUUUCGAAAAGUAUCGAAAAGAUAUCGAUAAGUAUCGAAAAGAUGUCGAUAAGUAUUUAUAUAUAAUGAAAAUAUCGAUAUAUAAUGAAAAGUAUCGAAAAAAUAUCGAUAAGUAUCGAAAAGAUAUCGAUAAGUAUCGAAAUUUUAUAGAUAAGUAUCGAAAAGAUAUCGAAAAGUAUCGAAAAGAUAUCGUAAAGUAUCGAAAAGACAUCGAAAAGUAUCGAAAAGAUAUCGAAAAGAUAUCGAAAAGUAUCGAAAAGAUAUCGAAAAGUAUCGAAAAGAUAUCGAAAAGUACCGAAAAAAUAUCGAAAAGUAUCGAUAUAUCGAAAAAUAUCGAAAAGUACCGAAAAGAUAUGGAAAAGUACCGAAAAGAUAUCGAAAAGUACCGAGAAGAUAUCGAAAAGUACCGAAAAGGUAUCGAAAAGUAUCGAAAAGUAUCGAAAAGAUAUCGAAUAGUAUCGAUAUAUAUCGAAAAGCAUCGAUAUAUAUCGAAAAUAUCGAUAUAUAAUGAAAAGUAUCGAAAAGAUAUCGAAAAGUAUCGAAAAGAUAUCGAAAAGUAUCGAAAAGGUAUCGAAAAGUAUCGAAAAGAUAUCGAAAAGUAUCUAUAUAUAUCGAAAAGUAUCUAUAUAUAUCGAAAAGUAUCGAUAUAUCGAAAAUAUCGAAAAGAUAUCGAAAAGUAUCGAAAAGAUAUCGAAAAGUAUCGAAAAGAUAUCGAAAAGUAUCGAAAAGUAUCGAAAAGAUAUCGAAAAGUAUCGAAAAGAUCGAAGAAAAGAUAUCGAAAAUACCGAAAAGAUAUCGAAAAGUACCGGAAAGAUAUCGAAAAGUACCGAAAAGAUAUCGAAAAGUACCGAAAAGAUAUCGAAAAGUACCGAAAAGAUUUCGAAAAGUACCGAAAAGAUUUCGAAAAGUACCGAAAAGAUAUCGAAAAGUACCGAAAAGAUAUCGAAAAGUACCGAAAAGAUAUCGACAAGUACCGAAAAGAUAUCGACAAGUACCGAAAAGAUAUCGACAAGUACCGAAAAGAUAUCGACAAGUACCGAAAAGAUAUCGAAAAGUAUCGAAAAGAUAUCGAAAAGUAUCGAAAAGACAUCGAAAAGUAUCGUAAAGAUAUCGAAAAGUAUCGAAAAGAUAUCGAAAAGUAUCGAUGUAUCGAUAAUAUCGAAAAGAUAUCGAAAAGUAUCGAAAAGAUAUCGAAAAGUAUCGAAAAGAUAUCGAAAAGUAUCGAAAAGAUCGAAAAGUAUCGAAAAGAUAUCGAAAAGUAUCGAUAUAUCGAAAAGUAUCGAUAUAUCGAAAAGUAUCGAUAUAUCGAUAAAAAAGGUAUCGAAAAGUACCGAAAAGAUAUCGAAAAGUACCGGAAAGAUAUCGAAAAGUACCGAAAAGAUAUCGAAAAGUACCGAAAAGAUAUCGAAAAGUACCGAAAAGAUAUCGAAAAGUAUCGAAAAGAUAUCGAAAAGUAUCGAAAAGAUAUCGAAAAGUAUCGAAAUGAUAUCGAAAAGUAUCGAAAAGAUAUCGAAAUGUAUCGAUAUAUCGAACAAUAUCGAAAAGAUAUCGAAAAGUACCGAAAAGAUAUCGAAAAGUACCGAAAAGAUAUCCAAAAGUACCGAAAAGAUAUCGAAAAGUACCGAAAAGAUAUCGAAAAGUACCGAAAAGAUAUCGAAAAGUACCGAAAAGUUUUCGAAAAGUAUCGAAAAGAUAUCGAUAAGUAUCGAAAAGAUGUCGAUAAGUAUUUAUAUAUAAUGAAAAUAUCGAUAUAUAAUGAAAAGUAUCGAAAAAAUAUCGAUAAGUAUCGAAAAGAUAUCGAUAAGUAUCGAAAUUUUAUAGAUAAGUAUCGAAAAGAUAUCGAAAAGUAUCGAAAAGAUAUCGUAAAGUAUCGAAAAGACAUCGAAAAGUAUCGAAAAGAUAUCGAAAAGAUAUCGAAAAGUAUCGAAAAGAUAUCGAAAAGUAUCGAAAAGAUAUCGAAAAGUACCGAAAAAAUAUCGAAAAGUAUCGAUAUAUCGAAAAAUAUCGAAAAGUACCGAAAAGAUAUGGAAAAGUACCGAAAAGAUAUCGAAAAGUACCGAGAAGAUAUCGAAAAGUACCGAAAAGGUAUCGAAAAGUAUCGAAAAGUAUCGAAAAGAUAUCGAAUAGUAUCGAUAUAUAUCGAAAAGCAUCGAUAUAUAUCGAAAAUAUCGAUAUAUAAUGAAAAGUAUCGAAAAGAUAUCGAAAAGUAUCGAAAAGAUAUCGAAAAGUAUCGAAAAGGUAUCGAAAAGUAUCGAAAAGAUAUCGAAAAGUAUCUAUAUAUAUCGAAAAGUAUCUAUAUAUAUCGAAAAGUAUCGAUAUAUCGAAAAUAUCGAAAAGAUAUCGAAAAGUAUCGAAAAGAUAUCGAAAAGUAUCGAAAAGAUAUCGAAAAGUAUCGAAAAGUAUCGAAAAGAUAUCGAAAAGUAUCGAAAAGAUCGAAGAAAAGAUAUCGAAAAUACCGAAAAGAUAUCGAAAAGUACCGAAAAGAUAUCCAAAAGUACCGAAAAGAUAUCGAAAAGUACCGAAAAGGUAUCGUAAAGUACCGAAAAUAUAUCGAAAAGUAUCGAAAAGAUAUCGAAAAGUAUCGAAAAGAUAUCGAAAAGUAUCGAAAAGAUAUCGAAAAGUAUCGAAAAUAUCGAAAAGAUAUCGAUAAGUAUCGAAAAGAUAUCGAUAAGUAUCGAAAAGAUAUAGAUAAGUAUCGAAAAGGUAUCGAUAAGUAUCGAAAAGAUAUCGAAAAGUAUCGAAAAGAUAUCGAAAAGUAUCGAAAAGACAUCGAAAAGUAUCGAAAAGAUAUCGAAAAGAUAUCGAAAAGUAUCGAAAAGAUAUCGAAAAGUAUCGAAAAGAUAUCGAAAAGUAUCUAUAUAUAUCGAAAAUACCGAAAAGAUAUCGAAAAGUACCGAAAAGAUAUCGAAAAGUACCGAAAUGAUAUCAAAAAGUACCUAAAAGAUAUCGAAAAGUACCGAAAAGAUAUCGAAAAGUACCGAAAAGAUUUCGAAAAGUACCGAAAAGAUAUCGAAAAGUACCGAAAAUAUAUCGAAAAGUACCGAAAAGAUAUCGAAAAGUACCGAAAAGAUAUCGAAAAGUACCGAAAAGAUAUCGAAAAGUACCGAAUAGAUAUCGACAAGUACCGAAAAGAUAUCGAAAAGUACCGAAAAGAUAUCGAAAAGUACCGAAAAGAUAUCGAAAAGUACCGAAAAGAUAUCGACAAGUACCGAAAAGAUAUCGACAAGUACCGAAAAGAUAUCGACAAGUAUCGAAAAGAUAUCGAAAAGUAUCGAAAAGAUAUCGAAAAGUAUCAUAUCGAAAAGUACCGAAAAGAUAUCGAAAAGUACCGAAAAGAUACCGAAAAGUAUCGAAAAGAUAUCGAAAAGUAUCGAAAAGAUAUCGAAAAGUAUCGAAAAGUUAUCGAAAAGUAUCGAAAAGAUAUCGAAAAGUAUCGAAAAGAUAUCGAAAAGUAUCUAUAUAUAAUGAAAAUAUCGAUAUAUAAUGAAAAGUAUCGAAAAGAUAUCGAUAAGUAUCGAAAAGAUAUCGAUAAGUAUCGAAAAGAUAUCGCUAAGUAUCGAAAAGAUAUCGAUAAGUAUCGAAAAGGUAUCGAUAAGUAUCGAAAAGAUAUCGAAAAGUUUCGAAAAGAUAUCGAAAAGUAUCUAUAUAUAUCGAAAAUAUCGAUAUAUAAGUACCGAAAAGAUAUCGAAAAGUACCGAAAAGAUAUCGAAAAGUAUCGAAAAGAUAUCGAAUAG